AUGUCCAGGUCAGAACAGGGAAAGAAUUCUAAGGCCAGUGGCAGCCAGAUGAGCUUGGAGCUGAGGCCAACCGCCCCGGGCAACCAGGGCCACAGCAACGCAGCCUUUCAGGAUGAAGACUUCAAAGAGCAGGACACACCAGGAAACAGCACAGUCAGGAGCAGAGUUGUGCCCAGUGGGGAACAAGGAAACACCAAGCAGGAUGACAGGCAGAUCACGAUUGAGCAAGAGUCUGUAGGAAACCGAGAUGACCUGGAGGAUGAUGACCAGGAUGAGCAUCAAAAAGGGUGUUUGGAAAGAAAGUAUGAUAUCAUUUGUGAGAUUUGUAGAAAGCACAGAAUCAUUCUUCGGCGCAUCAUUGGGGGCAUUUUAUUGACUGGUUUCCUGGCUUUGUUGAUUGCAGCCUGUGUACUGAACUUCCACAGAGCCCUUCCUCUUUUUGUGAUCACCAUGGUUACCAUCUUCUUUGUUAUCUGGGAUCACUUGAUGGCCAAAUAUGAGCAGCGAAUUGAAGAGUUCUUGUCUCCAGGCAGAAGGCUUCUCGACAGACAUUGGUUCUGGUUGAAAUGGGUGAUGUGGAGCUCAUUGAUCCUGGUGGUUAUUUUCUGGCUGAUCCUUGACACUGCCAAAUUGGGCAAACAGAAUCUGGUAUCCUUUGGUGGACUCAUAAUGUACAUUAUGCUGUUGUUUCUGUUUUCCAAGCAUCCAACCAGAGUUUACUGGAGGCCUGUUAUCUGGGGAAUUGGAUUACAGUUUCUUCUUGGGCUCUUAAUUCUAAGGACUAAGCCUGGAUUUAUUGCUUUUGAUUUCCUGGGAAAACAAGUUCAGACUUUCCUGGGGUACACUGAUACUGGAGCUAUGUUUGUCUUCGGUGAGAAGUAUACAGACCACUUCUUCGCAUUUAAGGUCCUACCAAUCGUGGUUUUCUUCAGCACCGUGAUGUCUGUGCUCUACUAUGUGGGGCUGAUGCAAUGGAUCAUCAGAAAGGUUGGAUGGUUAAUGCUUGUCACUAUGGGGUCAUCUCCCAUUGAGUCUGUAGUUGCUGCUGGCAACAUAUUUGUUGGGCAAACAGAAUCUCCACUACUGGUCCAACCAUAUUUACCACAUGUCACCAGGUCAGAACUCCAUGCCAUUAUGACAGCUGGCUUUGCUACGAUCGCUGGAAGCGUAUUGGGCGCCUACAUCUCUUUUGGGGUGUCAGCCACACACUUGCUAACCGCCUCCGUCAUGUCGGCGCCGGCAUCCCUGGCUGUGGCCAAACUCUUCUGGCCUGAAACAGAAAAACCCAAAGUAACCCUCAAGAAUGCCAUGAAAAUUCAAAGUGGUGAUUCAAGAAAUUUCCUGGAGGCGGCAACACAGGGUGCAUCCUCGUCCAUUCCCCUGGUAGCAAACAUUGCUGUGAAUCUGAUCGCCUUCCUGGCCUUAUUAUCUUUUGUGAACUCGGCUCUGUCCUGGUUUGGAAACAUGUUCGACUACCCACAGUUCAGUUUUGAGUUCCUUUGUUCCUACAUCUUCAUGCCCUUUUCCUUCAUGAUGGGAGUCGACUGGCAAGACAGCUUUAUGGUCGCCAAACUCAUAGGUUACAAGACAUUCUUCAAUGAAUUUGUGGCUUAUGACCACCUCUCAAAAUGGAUCAAUUUGAGGAAAGCAGCUGGACCCAAAUUUGUGAAUGGCGUGCAGCAAUAUAUGUCGAUUCGUUCGGAGACCAUUGCGACUUAUGCCCUCUGUGGUUUUGCCAAUUUUGGUUCCCUAGGAAUAGUGAUCGGCGGACUUACAUCCAUAGCUCCAUCCAGAAAGCGUGACAUUGCCUCUGGAGCACUGAGAGCCCUGAUUGCAGGGACCACUGCCUGCUUUAUGACAGCCUGUAUUGCGGGCAUACUCUCUAGCACCCCUGUAGAUAUCAACUGCCAUCACAUUUUAGAGAACACCAGUUUACUCAGCAACACAACGGAAGUGGUGUCUUGUUGCCAAAGUCUGUUGAACAGCACUGUUGCCAAGGGACCAAAUGAGGUCAUCCCAGGAGGGAACUUCAGCGUCUAUGCUGUGAAGAAUUGCUGUGAGUUGCUGAAACCAUCAACACUGAACUGCAGUUGGGUCCCUAAUGCCCCAUGA